AUGUUUCUGCAGCCCACACUGACAACCCCUCCUUCUGGUGCAGAGGUGUCUGGGUGUUGAACUUUUUCACCAGAAACCAGCCCAUAUAUAUAUAAUUAAGUGUAUAACAUAUAUGUAGUGAACAAAGUGAAAACCAAAUUAAGUAGAGCCUUUAAGUUGUGAAUAUUGUAUUAAUAUGAUCAAGGAACUCAGGGAACAGACAAGACAACAAGAUUCAGAUUGGGAGACAUUCUAUCGGCCUUAUAAAGGAGAGUUGGCAGAACUACUAAAAUUUACAAAUGUUAUCUUAAUAUUGAUUAAUUGAAUGAAGAUUCUGUGCAAAUAAUUGUCUUACAUGCAUGUAAAAAUAACUAUGAUAAAGUGGUCUGACAUAUCAUCACCAUCUGUACAUUUUAUAUUCAAAACAAACUCAAAUGUACAUCUCCUCUUCUCUCCAUCUGUAUUCUCCACAGUAUAACCCCAGAAUCUUCAAUCUGAAAGUCUGACACAGUUAAGUAUCCUGUAACAUUGUCCCAGUGUAGGCGGUUUUUCUUUCCCACAAUCUCUUUCACCUGCUGAGUUUCAGACUGGGCUGAAUGCUGGGCUUCACAGAGUAGAUAUCUCUUCACAGAGUAGAUAACGUGUAUCUAGGUAUCAACCCACUUGUCACAAAGUAGAGUAUGUAUUAUAUACGUAAGCUACAAGAUUUAGAGUCUGUUUUUUCCUGUUAAGACCCCCCCAAAAUAAUUUGUUUUGAUCAUCCUACAUCACUCGUCUUGAAACUAACUGCAGCAUUUUCAACCAUCUCACUUAUCUGCUCAUUAUCUUUUUAAUAAAGCACAUUACCUGUUCCUCAACCACUCAUCUUUCACUCUACCAUCUGGCCUCUACAUGACAGAUAGACACUGACCACAUAAUCACAGGAAACCAGAAACAUGUUCUGUUUAGAGUGGAGCAGUCUAACUAACCUUUAACAUGCAGUGUAAAUACAUGCCUACUUUGGAUGAAAUGCGUGGUUGAAAAGCUGAUAGGUAUUACAUUAUAGUAUAUUGGUUGGGCAUAUCCUGUAUAGAUAGAUACAGUGCAUUCGCAAAGUAUUCAGACCCCUUGACUUACUCCACAUUUUCUUACAUUACAGCCUUAUUCUAAAAUGUAUUAAGUAGAUAGUUACAGCGUCAUAGAAGGAAUUGCCCUCAAACUUAGUUGAAAUGGGAAACACAAAAAAAGUAUAUACUGUUCCUGUUAUAGUGUGAGAAAAGGAAAUAAUGGGUGAGAAGGAAAGACAUCUUUCAGGGGAAAAUACCCUGAAAUCAGUUAACAGUCACAGUUACUGUAAAUGUGUAGUUUAUAAUCAUUGUUCCACAUGUCUGUGAAUCAAAACAACCAAGUGUUGUCAUACUCUGUAGUUAUUGUGCCAGACUGGACUCAAUGGACAAAUGUUUGAUAUUUUACAUAAAUCUUUGCACCUCCAAUAAGUAGUAUUGAUUAUAAAGAUAGAAGGUUACUUAAGACUUCACUAUUAUUCUACAAUGUAAAAAAUAGUAAAAAUAAAGAAAACCCUUGAAUGAGUAGGUGUGACCAAACUUUUGACUGGUAGUGUAUAUCGCGACCUUCUAGCAAUCCAAAGGUUGUGUGGUCGAGUUGCAUCAGUGUUAACUGUAGCAUUUUAGCUCACCCAUCCCCUCACCAUUAUUCUAACCUUAACCCAAUUCACCUAACCUUUCACGUAAAUUAUCCUAACUUUUGUUGUUAGUUUUCCUAACCGCUAAUGUAAAUUCUCCCCAUAAUUCUCCUUUGUUGUUACAACACAACAAGCAACCUGGUCAAUCUACACACAAUAACCCAUGGUGACUAAAUGAAAAAACGUUUGACAUGUUUGCACAUUUAUACAAAAUAAUAAACAGAAAUACCUUAUUUACAUAAGUAUUCAGACCCUUUGCUAUGAGACUCAAAAUUGAGCUCAGAUGCAUCCUGUUUUCAUUGAUCAUCCUUCAGAUGUUUCUACAACUUGAUUGGAGUCCACCUGUGGUAAAUUCAAUUGAUUGGACAUGAUUUGGAAAAGCACACACCUGUCUACAUAAGGUCCCACAGUUGACAGCGUAUGUCCGAGCAAAAACCAAGCCAUGAGGUCGAAGGAAUUGUCCGUAGAGCUCCGAGACAGGAUUGUGUCGAGGCACAGAUAUGGGGAAGGGUACCAAAACAUUUCUGCAGCAUUGCAGGUCCCCAAGAACACAGGGCCCUCUCUCAUUAAAUGGAAGAAGUUUGGAACCUCCAAAGCUCGUCCUAGAGCUGGCCGCCCAGCCAAACUGAGCAAUUGGGGGAGAAGGGCCUUGGUAAGGGAAGUGACCAAGAACCCUAGGUCACUCUGACAGAGCUCCAGAGUUCCUCUGUGGAGAUUGGAGAACCUUCCAGAAAGAUAACCAUCAAUGCUGUACUCCGCCAAUCAGGCCUUUAUUGUAGAGUGGCCAGAUGGAUGCCACUCCUCAGUAAAAAGCACAUGACAGCCCGCUUGGAGUUUGCCAAAAGGCACCUUAAUUACUCUCAGACCAUGAGAAAAAAGAUUGAACUCUUUGGCCUGAAUGCCAAGUGUCACGUCUGGAGGAAACCUGGCACCAUCUACAGUGAAGCAUGGUGGUGGCAGCAUCAUGAUGUGGGGAUGUUUUUCAGUGGCAGGGACUAGGAGAUUAGUCAGCAUCGAGGGAAAGAUGAACAGAGCAAAGUACAGAGAGAUCCUUGAUGAAAACCUGAUCCAGAGCGCUCAGGACCUCAGACUGGGACGAAGGUUCACCUUCCAACAGGACAACGAGCACACAGCCAAGACAAUGCAGGAGUGUCUUCGGUACGAGUCUCAAUGUCCUUGAGCUGCCCAGCCAGAGCAUGGACUUCAUCAAACAUCUCUGGAGAUAUCUGAAAAUAGCUGUGCAGCGACGCUCCCCAUCCAACUUGACAAAGCUUGUGAGGUUCUGCAGAGAAGAAUGGGAGAAACUCUCCAAAUACAGGUGUGCCAAGCUUGUAGCAUCAUGCCCAAGAAGACUCAAGGCUGUAAUCGCUGCCAAAGGUCCUUCAACAAAGUACUGAGUAAAGGGUCUGAAUACUUAUGUAAUUGUGAUAUUUCCGUUUUUGUUUUGUUUUUUACAUUUGCAAAAAUGUCUAAACCAGUUUUUGCUUCAUCCUUAUGGGGUAUUGUGUGUAGAUUAAUUUUAGAAUAAGGCUGUAACAUAACAAAAUGUUGGAAAAAGUCAAGCGGUCUGAAUACUUUCUGAAUGCACUGUACAUCCUCCAAGAUGUAUGAUAAUUUACAUCAUCCAAUUCGUAAGAACUAUGAUACCGUCCUCUAAUUCGUGUGAUAUUGUACAAACGCUAUUCCAUUCAUAAUGUAAUUGAACAUAGAUUACUUUAUCAUACUAAAUGGUGGGGAACAUUUUUAUAUAGUAAUCUUACGAAUUCCCCUGAAGCCAUGUUGCAGAUAUUUUGCAGACCACAACCUGUAAUAGCGUCCUUCUCCCAUGAAAGAGCUCUAUUUAAUACCCCAUUUACCUCUAUCUUUAUAUAUCUCCCUGUCUUGCUCUCUCUCCAACAGAAAUAAAGACAGAAAUGGUUUGCAGUGAUGCAAAUUAAACACACUGUUUCAAUACAACACACCAAAAACCUGUAGUUAAAAUAGUCGGAAACAUAAAUGUUACAAUGAAAUUAAUUAAAUUAAAGUCUGUAUCUACUCAACCUCUGCACCAUCUUUCUUAUAUCAGCAUAAAUAGAUCAUUAAUGGGCUCCAGAGUGGCGCAGUGGUCUAAGGCACUGCAUCUCAGUGCUUGAAGCGUCACUACAGACCCCCUGGUUUCGAUUCAAGGCUGUAUUUUACAUUUUAGUCAUUUAGCAGACGCUCUUAUCCAGAGCGACUUACAGUUAGUGAAUACAUAUAUAUAUUUUUUUUAUACUGCCCCCCCCGUGGGAAUCAAACCCACAACCCUGGCGUUGCAAACGCCAUGCUCUAUCAACUGAGCUACAUCCCUGCCGGCCAUUCCCUCCCCUACCCUGGACGACGCUGGGCCAAUUGUGCGCCGCCCAUGAGUCUCCCGGUCGCGGCCGGCUGCGACAGAGCCUGGAUUCAAACCAGGAUCUCUAGUGGCACAGUUAGCACUGCGAUGCAGUGCCUUAGACCACUGCGCCACUCAGGAGUAACUGUAUCACAACCGCCCGUGAUUGGGGGUCCCAUAGGGCGGCGCACAAUUGGCCCAGCGUCGUCCGGGUUUGGCCGGUGUAGGCCGUCAUUGAAAAUAAGAAUUUGUUCUUAACUGACUUGCAUAGUUAAAUAAAGGUUGAAACAAAUUAUUACAUGACUGACAAAAUGAAUUAGUUAUUUAUUAAUUAUGUUUUGGGGGGGAAUAUGGAAAACCCUUUCCCCAGAUGUUGAAUAGGACACAUGACUGACUGCAAGACUAAUUCCCCUAUCUGGACUAGGACUACCCUAAUUUACAUUUACGUCAUUUAGCAGACGCUCUUAUCCAGAGCGACUUACAAAUUGGUGCAUUCACCCUAUAGCCAGUGGGAUAACCACUUUACAAUUUUUUUUUAUUUUUUUUUUUGGGGGGGGUAGAAGGAUUACUUUAUCCUAUCCCAGGUAUUCCUUAAAGAGGUGGGGUUUCAAAUGUCUCCGGAAGGUGGUGAGUGACUCCGCUGUCCUGGCGUCGUGAGGGAGCUUGUUCCACCAUUGGGGUGCCAGAGCAGCGAACAGUUUUGACUGGGCUGAGCGGGAACUAUGCUUCCGCAGAGGAAGGGGAGCCAGCAGGCCAGAGGUGGAUGAACGCAAUGCCCUCGUUUGGGUGUAGGGACUGAUCAGAGCCUGAAGGUACAGAGGUGCCGUUCCCCUCACAGCUCCAUAGGCAAGCACCAUGGUCUUGUAACAGAUGCGAGCUUCAACUGGAAGCCAGUGGAGUGUGCGGAGGAGCGGGGUGACGUGAGAGAACUUGGGAAGGUUGAACACCAGACGGGCUGUGGCAUUCUGGAUGAGUUGUAGGGGUUUAAUGGCACAGGCAGGGAGGCCAGCCAACAGCGAGUUGCAGUAAUCCAGACGGGAGAUGACAAGUGCCUGGAUUAGGACCUGUGCCGCUUCCUGUGUAAGGCAGGGUCGUACUCUCCGAAUGUUGUAGAGCAUGAACCUGCAGGAUCGGGUCACCGCCUUGAUGUUAGCGGAGAACGACAGGGUGUUGUCCAGGGUCACGCCAAGGCUCUUCGCACUCUGGGAGGAGGACACAAUGGAGUUGUCAACCGUGAUGGCGAGAUCAUGGAACGGGCAGUCCUUCCCCGGGAGGAAGAGCAGCUCCGUCUUGCCAAGGUUCAGCUUGAGGUGGUGAUCCGUCAUCCAUACUGAUAUGUCUGCCAGACAUGCAGAGAUGCGAUUCGCCACCUGGUUAUCAGAAGGGGGAAAGGAGAAGAUUAGUUGUGUAUCGUCAGCGUAGCAAUGAUAGGAGAGGCCAUGUGAGGAUAUGACAGAGCCAAGUGACUUGGUGUAUACGGAGAAUAGGAGAGGGCCUAGAACUGAGCCCUGGGGGACACCAGUGGUGAGAGCACGUGGUGUGGAGACAGCUUCUCGCCACGCCACUUGGUAGGAGCGACCGGUCAGGUAGGACGCAAUCCAGGAGUGAGCCGCGCCGGAGAUGCCCAGCUCGGAGAGGGUGGAGAGGAGGAUCUGAUGGUUCACAGUAUCAAAGGCAGCAGACAGGUCUAGAAGGACAAGAGCAGAGGAGAGAGAGUUAGCUUUAGCAGUGCGGAGAGCCUCCGUGACACAGAGAAGAGCAGUCUCAGUUGAAUGACCAGUCCUGAAACCUGACUGGUUUGGAUCAAGAAGGUCAUUCUGAGAGAGAUAGCAAGAGAGAUGCCUAUGCAAUGUCCUUUCAUUUUAAUUAUAUUAUUAGGACAUACAGGACUACAUUUAAGUUUUAUGUGUAGCGGUAAAAUAGGCUUCUGGUAUGUUGAGCACAAAUAGUUGCUCUAACAUAAUUUCCAUCAUGUUAGGCUUUUAUUUUACACAAUUUAUAUAAAAUCAGUCAGAUUUAUAGCAAUCAAUAAACCAAAUGCACAUGAUUUAAGUAAAUAAAAGUAAACAUAGGCCUACAUACCAACAAGACAUACCAGCCUCAACUUAAGUUUAGCCCUCCAUAGCGGGUCCUAAUGGUUAGGACCUUACAGGUGCACGUGAGAUCUCAACAGACCUGGUCUCACCACCAACCUCUCUCUCCCUCUGGAGGUAGAGAGAGAACAUUACAACUCCAUUUACAGCUGUGUAGCUGCCGACCCUGUCAGUAACCAGACCAUCACCGUCAACAUCACUACACCCUGUGAAAAUGGAGACCCGGGAGAUGAGGAA